GGCAGCCAUACUGAACGACUGUAUUUUCUGUCUUGUUAGAAAAUCUUUACUCCUUUUUGACCAUUCCACAAUAGAAUCUUCAAAUUCACACAACUAUUUUUUUAUUCUUUACUCUAUGAUACAACACAGCUGUCUGUAGUCUACCUAUGGCUGUCGGUGGAAUCCACAUGUGUUGCCAUAGAAACAAACAAACAAGUUCAAAAAUUGGCUGGAACAGAAAACAGAAGAAAAUACAAAUUUAUUUUUGAGUGUAAUAAUUAAUGUUUAAAUAUGGAAAGGGAAUUUGCAGAUAUCCUCAAGCAAAUAGGUUGUACUGAUGGGUUAGCUGUACCAGUUGCUAAUGAAGAAAACAGACUUCUUCAGAAAGAGGUUGAAAAUAAGUUAAAACUAAAGGCUGAUCUAAUGAUGAAACUUGAAAUUCAGGAAGAACAGAAGCGAAGGGUUCAAAAACAGAUUCAAAAUGUCAAGCUUCAAAAGGAACAAAAUCAGCAACUGAUUGUGGCUCAACGCAACCAGCGAGAUACAGAGCACACAAUGCUCAAAGAAAGCGAGUCCAAACUGAACAAAACUCGCCAGGAAAUUCGCAACAUGAACAAGAAAAUACAGGAUUCUGAGCACAACCAACUUUUGCUCCAGGAGGAAAUCGCUCACAGCAUGAAGCGGCUGGACCACCUCAAGUCACUGGUGGAGUGGGGGGAGGAGGCAAGGCACGCGUGGCAGGAGGAGCUUGCGGCCGGAGAGAGGGACAACAACGUCCUGGAACGCUUCAGACUAGAAGAUGAUGCCAAGUUCAAGGAAAUGGAAUUGAGACGGCAGAGGCUGAAAGCAGACGUGAUGGAACGAGAUGCGAUUCUGAUGAAGGAGCUGAACAGUCUGACAACUUUGGAGAACCAACUGGAACAGGUCUCCAGGCUUUUCAGAAGAGCACAUAAUGAGCGCAUGAGCCUGAUCUCUUACUGGGAGAAUGCAGUGAGAAUUCUGCAACAGCGAGAUGACAAUAUUGAUUUGACUCUUCAGGAAAUAGAGAAGCUCAAGCAGUUGGGAGUGGAAAAGUCCAAUGUGUUGGAGGAGGAGAGGAAGUUCUAUCAGACACAAUGCCAGAACAACGAGGAGCUGGAGCGACAACUGGCCGAGGUUAACGGGAAGGUGGUGCAGCAACGGAGUCAGAACCUGGAACUGUCCAGUAUAACCAGUGACAUCAAGAGUGAGGUGUUGACUUUGCGCGGGAUGUUGGCAGACCUGGGCCAUGCCAUAGGAAAAGAGCGCAGCCAGAAUACAAUGGUGUGCAAUGAGCUACAAGCCAAACGAGCUCAACACAGCUCUCUACAGCAACCCAUCGAGCAGCUGCAGGCUCGACUGAAGCAGCUCAACGACGCAGAUCUCACCGCGGCCCAGAGAGCCAAGGAGGUUGAAAAUAUACUACAGGCAGCAGAAAAAAACAACAACACAUUGCAGACCAAAGUCGAUAAACUCCAAGAGAAGGUUUUUGAAAAAACACAAGAGUUGAACAACUUGAAGGAGACUUCCAGACUCUUGGACAACGAGUUGAACAUUUUCAGGAUGAACAGAGAGGCAUUUGAAAAGCGAAUGACGGAAAUCGAGAAAGAGUUUAUCAACAAGGAACAAAUACUUUAUGAACUGGACAUGGAACUGGUGAACUUGGACUGCAGACUCGGUCGACUCCAAGGGGACAGAACUGAUGAGGAGAAAAUAGCGUCCAAGUCAAAGAUUUUGGAAUUGGAGGAAGCAACUCGUAAGAAAACUGAAAUGUUGAAUGUUGUCACAGCCCAAAACAACAAAGCAAAAAAUGAACAGUUGCGCAUCUCCCAGAGCCUGGAGGAGGAGCAAGGACUGCUCAAGCGGCUGACAGAGCGCCGCCAGGAACUCAUGUUCAUGGUGGAGGGAGGACAGAAGGAGUUGGCCCGGCUUAUGAGUAGCAACAAACAAGUUCAGGUGACGCUGAACCUGCUACAGUUGAGGGUGGACCAGAGACAGAAGACGUUGGCCAAACACGACAGUCAGGUUUAUGAUCUGGAAAAGGAGAAACAGGAACUUGACAAUGCCUUUCGAGACAGAAAAGUCGAGAUUGGACACCAGAUGGAUCUCAUGGCGGCCAAGAAACGUAGUCUGGAAGAGGAGAAAUCAGAACUGAAGAAGGCCUUGGAGCACCUUCACAUCCGUAUAGGUCAGCUGCAGAAGAAACAUGAUAUUGUCAUGGACACUUUGGGUAAAGAAGAAGGAGGAGAAAAUUUCUCUGUUGCACAUUUUAAAAUCAAGAUGGCACAGGAGAGACACGAGCUGCAGCAGAUCGGUGAUGAGCUCGACUCUAAAAUCAAAAAGGCGGAGAAUGAGAUCCCUGCGAUGGAGAAUACCCUCAGAGUCAUCAGUGCUGCCAAUGAUUGCUACAAGCGCAACCUCGACUCCAUCGAUUCCAACAGUCCAGAGAUGCAAGAAAAAAAGAGGCUAGAAGAGCAGCUUGAACAUGCGAAGAUAAAUCUGAAAGAACGGCAGAUAGAAUUGAAAGAUAUUACCGCACAAAUUCAUGAGCUGGAGUUCUCACUGUCAGAGUUAGCUGAUUGUGAGGAGCGAGUGAAGGCGGAGUGGAAGGAUCGAGACAUAUCGGCCCGUGUGGAGCUGGAGUUCUCACUGUCAGAGUUAGCUGAUUGUGAGGAGCGAGUGAAGGCAGAGUGGAAGGAUCGAGACAUAUCGGCCCGUGCGCUAGACAAGGAAUUGGAGGAGCAGCAGGCAAAGUUAGCGCGAGCUGAUAAACUGCUGCACCGCCUGCGACGUGAGGCACGGUUAGUGAAGGAGCCAAGGAUUCCUCUCCAUCUAGCUGAGAAAGACAUUGAACUGAGAGAACUGCAAGACAUCAACCAGAGCGGGCUCCAGCAGCUGGCGGAACUCAGUACUCGGUAUUCAGAAGUGGCACCGGUACUCAAGCGGUACUUGGGAGAGAAGGGACUCAGCCUACCAAUGGUGCGGGCAGGGACCAAGGUGUCGACUGGGUCUGUGCUCAGCACACAUCGCAGCCUGAUAUCGGAUGAUUCUCACAUGAGUUGGGGAAGUGGGCCGAGCAGCCAGGCUCCCAGUGUUGUCCUACUGGACCCUGACUUCUCACAGUCAGCUUGUAAAGGUGCAGGAGAUGCCAAGAAAACCAAAUCUUCUGGAAGUCAGAGAAAGGGUAAAUGAUGCCUUACAUUGACCACGUCAAGUCAACGUGAUGACUCCAGUAUUUAUUAUUGUGUGCACAGGAUUUUGUGAGUGCACUUUUGAUACAUUGCUCUAGUCACUAAAGUAUUCUUUGUUAUAUUUAUACACUUGUGUUUUACUUUUUGAUACAUAUUAGAAACCAAAAAUCAACAAACCUUGUUUUCCCAUGACGCCAAAAGAUAUGUAUUGUACUGUUUUAUUAUACAGAUUAAAGAUUUGUAUUGUAUUA